AUGAGUGACAGGAUACACUCAGAUAAAGCCCUGGGGAACCAGUUAAUGUUUUUGUCGGAUGAUGCUUUUGUAGGACCUCAGUCCCUGAAACAUCUUAGUUUAACUCCGACAUCAAUGGAUGAUCUGAAAUUCCUCCCCUCGCAUAAUCUCACAUCUUUAGAGACACUGGACCUUGGUGACAAUGACAUUGACUCCUUACAUGAUCUAAACCAGUUCAACUAGCAAAAAAUGAGGACACUCAAACUUCCAAUGAAUUCCCUCCAGAAUAUAUCAGCUGCAGAGGUGCCAUACUGAAGAAUGCCAGCCUUCGACGUCAGCUUCGAAGGCAACAUCAUUGUGUACAUUAUACCCAAGUCCUGUCACUUCAACAGCCUAGAUUUGAGUGACUGUCUCAGCGAAGGAGACAUUUCAAUAAUCUUAGCCGGAUUGAGAGGAGUUCAGACCAACAUUCUCUCCCUGGGGGUCUACGAGGACAGCCCACCUGCCACCAUGCGGGCUGAGUCCCUUCACGCUUUCUGUAACACCACUGUGAAUGAACUGAGCCUCCAACUACAGCACUUCCCAGAUCUGACCGAUGACGCCCCAUUCGAGUGCCUGAAGGGCCUUCAGAAGCUGGACCUCACCAGGUCUCAUCUCCACUCCGUCGGCCUCCACGCCAAGAUGGCAUCUCUUACCCACCUCAUCCUGAACAGCUUCAAGGACCUGUGUCAGACCAACGCCGCCUUGCUUCCCCAGCUGACUGUUCUGUCUGUGAAGGGCAACCGGGCCCAACAGCUGACCUUCGGGAUGGACUUUAAAGAGAGCUUCCAGAGGAAUGCCACCAAGCUGAAGCAGCUUGACUUGAGUCAAAGCAGUUUGCUGACAGGCGGAGCUCAGUGCUUUCUGAAAAGCCUGGAGAGUCUCAAUUUGAGGGGCGGUUCCUUUAAGGACAGGAUUGUUUCUAAUGGUGAGAUGUUUAUACAUGUUCCUCUUCUACAGAGACUGGUUUUGGCAGUGUGUGAUGUCAUAUCUGUUAAUAAGAAUGCAUUUCGCUACCUCACCAACCUGGCGUAUGCAGAUCUUAGUGGUAAUAAACUAGUUGUAGCCAGAAUGAAUGAAUUCUCUACACUGAAUAAUGUCCUGCUGAAUUUAGCCAUGAAUCAGAUAGAAAUAGUUGACGUAGACUCUGUCAAAGCUUUAACAGAAAAGAGCAGAAUUGACCUGAGUGACAACCCUUUAGCAUGCAACUGUUCCAAUAUUCAAUGA